ACAGGUUGGAUCCGCCCUCUGCAGACAGUUACACAAACACCACUAAAGGGAUCUUCAGUAAUUCUUCCAGACUACAGGCUCCACAAACACGCCCCUUUCUCUGCUACUUCAACGUAACUCAGAUGACAAUUUCUUUAUUGUGUAGAAGCAGGAACAGAGCCAGAGGCUGGCCUCAGAAAUCUAUCUGUUUGCUUCUUGGGUUUUCCUGGUGAAGGGGGGAAAUCAACUGGGAGAAGCCACAAAAGGCCAGGACCAGUGACCCAAAGUCCAGUUCAGUCCAGUAAGGAAGGAUGUGGGCUCAUGCUGUUGGGUUCUCUGCCUUGCCUCAUAUCGGGGGAUUUCUUGGCUGGCUCUUGACACGGAAGGAAGUGCCUACUUGGUUUGAAAGCCUGAAGAAACCCUCUUGGCGACCACCCAACAAAAUGUUCCCCGUCAUGUGGACUACCCUGUACACAGGCAUGGGUUACGCUUCAUACUUGGUGUGGAAUGACUUAGGGGGCUUCAACAGCAAAGCCGUCAUCCCGCUGGGCCUCUAUGGGGCUCAGCUUGCCUUGAACUGGGCUUGGACUCCCCUAUUCUUUGGCGCUCAUAAGCUAAAACUGGCUCUGGUGGACAUCAUGUGCCUAUAUGGCCUGGUGCUUGGCACCAUGUACUCUUGGUACCCCAUUAACAAGACGGCGACACUGCUGAUGGUGCCUUACCUGGCCUGGCUGACCUUGGCUUCUUCUCUCACCUUCUGCAUCUGGAGGGACAAUCCUGAGGAGGAAAAAGGAAAGAGUGACUAAGACAAAAAGAGGAGCUGGUGAAAUAAGGUCAUUCUAUGAAACCAACCCAUCCUGAUGUGAUGUGGUGAACUAAGAGCUGACAGCCUGGGGAUGGUUAAUUUUAUUAAGAUGGGCACCAGAACAUACAUCUUAUUUGCAUAGGGCGGAUGGGGAAAAGUUUGCACAAUGCAAUGGGAUGUCCCUUUAAGGCUACCAUAUACCUUUAACCUGAGAACCGCUGCCUCUCUCUUUCUUCAACAAUGCUGGGGUUUUGAGGUUACAGCUCAAUGGUGGCCUUAAAGGGACACUAACAGGUUAAAUCUCAUAGGCCAAUUUCUGCUCUGUUAUGCCACUAUAAAUUCAGAGUCACUCCACUGAAGACAAUGGAGUUAUUCUGGAUUUAUAUCAGUGCAACUGAGAUCAGAAUUUGCUCGCAUACAUGAAAAAAAAUUCUCACCUGUGUGAUGAAAAACACCUGAGAUGAUUAAAACAGGACAAUUUUUACAAAUGUCAUGGCUUUUUGCCAUUUCUGCUGUUUAAUUUUUACAUAAGACUCAGUUUGGACUUUUUACCAUUAGCCAUUAACUUCUCACCAUCUAGGUUGCUUGCUCAUUAAUUGCCAUUCUCUCUGCCUGUAAAAUGAAAAUGGUUAGGUUCAUUUUCUGCUUUUAGUCUAUUGAGCUUCUUGGUUUUCAUGCCCCUGUACAAUGCUGCAAUGACUGGAGUGCAAAUAACUAUACUGAAGGGAAAUGUUUAUAUGUUCCACCUCCAAAAUACCCCUCCCCACAAACCCUCCUCCCUCUGCAUUCACUGAAAUAAAACAUCCCACAAAACAUGUACUGACACAUUUAUAAUAUGCUUUUUAAAACCUUCAAACCAACCCCUCUAAAUGUUGUGCUUUAAACUACCAGACAACAGAUGGGAUUUUCAAAGGUGCACAAGGGAGUUAAAUGCCUAAAUCCCACUGAAAUUCAGUGGGAAUUGGGCACCUGACUUAGGGUCACCAGAUGUCCCGAUUUUAUAGGGACAGUCCUGAUUUUUAGGUCUUUUUCUUAUAUAGGCUCCUUUUACACCUCCCCCCACCCUCAUCCCCAUCCCGAUUUUUCAUACUUGCUGUCUGAUCACCCUAACCUGACUCAUUUAAAAUCCCAGGCAAUAUCACUUCACCCAAUACCACUUUGGCAUUUUCCAGGUUAGUGGAAGCGGUGCCUGAUUUAUGGAACAAAUAGGCCCAUAAGGACUGCUCACGUGAGAGAGUGCUUGCAGGCCGGGGCCCGUAAUGCUGAGGAGGUUGUGCCUCCAUAGACUCACCAAAAGGGUCCUGGACAAAUCCACUCUCUAAAGUGCUUACCAAACCCCCAUUACCACAGCAUGUGAGCCCCUCGCACUUGCUAUGCUCACAAACUCCCUGUGAAGCAGGACAAUGCUAUUAUCCCUAUUGUACAGACAAGGAGACUGAGGCACAGAGAGACUUAGGCCACGUUUACACUAGAAAGUUUUGAUGGUAAAGCAAUGUGAGUUAGGGGUGUGAUUUUUCUUUUUUUAAACAACAUUUCUAUAUUGGCAAAAGCCCUAAUGUGGAUGUAGUUAUCCCAACCAAAAAGCUUUUGCUGAUUGAAGUUUUUUGCUUUGGGAAUCAAGCUAUAGCAACAAAAGCACUCCUUUGCAAGUAUAAGCAGCAUCUAUACUACAAGAAUUUGCCAGGAUAGCAAUACUAGGCCAAAGUGAUGUGCCCAAGGUCAAAAAGCAGAGCAAAGGCAAUUCUCAACUCCUGGGUCAAUGCUCUAACCACUGGACAAUCCUUCCUCCCAGAAGAUAAGAAAUUCAAAAUGUUCAGGCUUCUGGCCCUGAUUCAGGACAUCAGCUUGUGCUUAAAACUAAGAAGGUACUUAACAAGUUUCCUGAAUAAGGAUGUUUUCCUGAAUGCUGCCACACUGUCUCCUUUCACACAUUAAGGUGAAUUAUGGACAUAGCCUAUACUUGUUUUAACCCAAGGAAGGGAGGGAGGGGGGUAAGGAGUUGCUUUGUUUUUUAAAGGGGGCAAAAUAGGCAGGGAAGAUGACAAUGUGCUUAAUAUUCCAGAGCAAUGAUAUACAGUAAUCCAUGCAUCUCAGUGUGUGUCUACACUGCAAUUCGACACCCCUAGCUGGCCUGUGCCAGCUGACUCAGCCUCGCAAGGCUCAGGCUAAGGAGCUGCUUAAAUGUGGUGUAGACAUUUGGGCAUGGGCUAGAGCCUGAGGUCUAGGACCCAGCAAGGUGGGAAGGGGGAAUGAACCACACUGCCAUUAAAUAGCCCCCUAGCCUAAGCCCUGUGAGCCCGAGUCAGCUGGCACGGGCCAGCCGUGGGGAUCUAAUUGCAGUGUAGACGCACCCACAGAGCAUAGGGUUGCCAAUUUUGGUGGGAUGUAUUCCUGGAGGUUUCAUCAUAUGACAUAAUCUUUAACUGAAGAUUUAUCUUUAAUUCCUGGAGAAACCAGAACAAUCCUGGAGGGUUGGCAACCCUAUGAGAGGAAGGUCCAUUCCAACCUCCCCCAUUCUGAUCCUUCCUUCUGUUGUCUAGGCAUUAGAUAUUCCCUGUUUAGAGAGAGGAUUGACUAUUUUUUUAUGAAAUAAAAACAAUGUAUGUAACUCUUUAAUGGAUCUUUUUACUGGCAGCUGAUUGUAGGGAUGAAGGACGUUAUUUGGGGUAGUGUAGUUUGAACUGCAGAUGUAGAGACAUUGUAUUUGCUUUUAAUAAAACCAAGACUUUUUGUUUCCAAAAAGAAA